AUGAGUGGAGCAGAAACUGAUCAGACGGCUGCGUUAGGAUCGUCAAAGGACCCUCAGGUUGAAGAAACAAGCCGCACAGCAGGUGCAUCUAUGCCAGAGGUAGAGGUCACUACCAGCUCUGCAUCGAAAUCGGAAACGAUGGGUGUGCAUGCCAAAAAUGAGGAAGCCGUGGCAGAUACGUCUAUGACCGGAGCCCCAGAUACUUCCAUACCCAGGACUGACACAGAGCAGCCAGCCUCCCAGCCGGGCGACAGCACCUCGACAGAGUCGCGCAAGCGACCUACGUCCCCCAUGGACGAGUCAUCCAACCGUGAUAAGCGUGCACGGGCGGAGGACAAGUCGAGCCAGGCCGAAAAGACUGUGACAUCAAGCGAGGCUAGCACGGCCCAUCCGCCGUCCGAUGGCAAGAUCUACAUGGAGAUUGAGAAGAACGAGAAUGCAGGCAAUUUGGACCUCUAUGUAUGGGAGUAUCUGCAAAUGCGGAAUAUGGACAAGACAGCAGCAAUGCUGAUUGAAGAAGCCAAACUACCAGAGAACCCAACGGUACCCAUCCAUCUGCCUCGUGGCCUGUUGUACGAGUAUUGGAAUGUGUUUUGGGAUAUGUUUAGUGCGCGUGCAGGGCGAAGUACGAAAGAAGCGACUCUGUACCAGCAAUUCUUGGAGCACAAGCGCCAACAGGCGGUGGUCGAGGCAAAGACAAAGCCGUUUACUGAGCAGCUGUUUUCGGAUCCAACCGCCUCUGUGACCAUGCCUGGUGCAGCCACAGCAGGUGGCCCUGGCGCUUUAUUGGACUUGCCACUGGCCGGGGGGGGCACCACCUCUGCUCUGCUCCUAGCGGGAUCGCCCUCCACCAAGGCCGGAUUGGCACCCGCAGCACCGAUUUCCCCUGCGGUUGCGUCCAAGUCGGGCGCCGCACAGUCGCGAAUUUCGCAUUCGGAGCCUCCUGCAUCGCCAUCACUGACGUUGGCUGCGCCGACGGCAGGCACGCUAGGAGCGAAUCCUUCGAAUAGCGGAAAUGCCACAGUUGGCGCGACUGCUCCCUCUGUAUCGCAAGCGACGUCACAAGCACAGACCUCCAUGUCAUCAGCGCCGAAUAGCAUGAUGCUCGGUGCCUCGGCAAUGCAGAGCACGCCUCAAAUGCGAGCCCAGUCACUGCCAUUGCAAGGCAAUGGUGGUAUAACCACCGCUCCACUGACACAGAUGCAGCAGCUGCAAAUGCAGAUGCAGUCUAAACAGGGUGGUAAUGCGCAAGCAGACAUGGCUGGUUCCCCGAUCAAUAUGACAGCGCAGCAGCAACAGCAACAACAGUUGCAAAUGCAGCAGAUGCAAAUGCAGAUGCAGAUGCAACAGGCCUUGGCACGUGCGCAGAUGGGCCAGGGCUUCAAUUUUGCUGCGCUCUCGCCACAGCAGCAACAGCAGGUGCUCAUGACAGCCGCAUUGCGGCAGGGCAUUCCUAUGGAGGAACUGAAGAAUAUGUCGCCUGCCGCACGUUUGGCGCUGCUGAACACGAUUGUGCCGACGAUGGGAGCCUUGGGCCAGCAAGUCAAUCGACCCAAUGACCCGCAGAUGCAAGCGCGAAUGUUGAUGCAGCAGCAACAGCAGCAGCCGUCGAACGCGACCAACCCCGGACUGCAAGGUAUGCCUUCAGCUACCCCUGGUAUGGGACAACAGGGCACGACACAACAGCAGCAGCAGCAACAGCAGCAGCAGCUCUUGCAAAUGCAGCAGCAGGCGGCCGCCCAAGGCAAGGCGCCGCCAUCACCCGCAACCUUCCAAGCGAUGUUCAAUCGACAGCCUCAGCGUAUGACGCCUACCCCGCAACUCCCAGCGGGAAAAAUGCCAGGUGUAGGUACAGAGCAGGCCAAAGGUACCAAUGAUCCAUCCCUUGCGCAGCGCUUUGGACGUGCAGAUGGGCAGCCAGGGUCCACUAUGCCCACGAACAAUGCAGGCGGUGCAUUUGGUGGCGUAGGGACGCCGACGCGGCUUACGCCGCAGCAGCGGCAAAUGCUGUUGAUGCAGUACCAAUCGCUGCAAACAGCAGUAAAGAAUGAAUGGGUGAAGGCACAGAAUGCGCCGGUACCUGCGAUGGCACAGCAGUUCCUCGCAACGGCACAGCAGCUACAGGCCAAAGCUCAAUCGAUUGUAUCCCUUCUGCAAAGUGAUCCAUCGCAAGGGAGCCAACCCUUCAGCGGUGAUGGCCAAGCGAAUGCGGCCGCCUUGCAGCAGAUGCAACAGGCCCAGGCCCAGGCCCAAACACAAAACGAUCAAAACGCACUGAAUGCGGCUACCAUGAUGGGCCAGCACCAGCUGCAGCAAAAAGUCAAUGGCAUGUUUGGCUUGUCAUCGCAGCCUGGCCAAGCCGGUACGACUAUGGACAUGGCUUCAGCUGGAGGGUCUAACGGUCUGCCACCGUACUUUUCGCAGGGCCUGACCGCUACGUCGUCGCUGUCGUUGCAGCAGCAGCAGCAACAACAGCAACAGCAACAGCAACAACAACAACGGCGUAUGCAGACGCAAGGUACGACGGGCAUACCGCAAACGCCUGCGGGAAUGUCAUCACAGGGACCCCAUACAAUGAUGAUGAACCCAGCGCUGGGCCGCGGUAGUAUGACGGCGCCUACGACGCCUGUCACAUCCCAUGCAACACCACAAUCGGCAUCGAAUGCCAAGCGUAUGAGCUUAGCGCGCUCAGGGACCAAUCAGGCCCCCGGUACCAUGAGUCCCUGGCAAUCGUCCACGGUGGACUCGCCAUCAGGUACGCAAGGGAAAAAGGAACGUCCCAAAAAGGGACGAUCAAGCUCGACUAAGACGCCCCUCAUGCAGCAUCGGACGCCGGCCGAGGGAGAUGCACAGGAUGAUACAUCUCUGCGGGACGACAACAUGGAGUGGGACACGAGCUCCAAGAGCGAUAGUGUUGUGCAAGGGUCGCAUAACAAGCAGUCGCAGUCUAUGAUGGAUAUGCCAUCCAUGAUGGAUGAUGUUACCUCAGGCCUGGCCAUGCCGUCGGAUGGAAAUACAUUGCCGACCAGCGGUACAGGUAUGAGUGGCACAGACGACUUUUCUGCCAUGUUUGGUGUGUCAGACAUUUUUGACUUUGACUUUGAUGGUGGUCAAGCGACCAACUCGAGUUCCACGGGCUUGUUUGGCGCGUCGACAGGGGGCAUGGGUGGUGCGUCAGACACCAAUGAGUCGGCCAAGGUUUCGUCUGAUGUCAAGGCAGAGUCGAAGACGGAUUCAUAA